GGUCAGGAAACGCGGCACGCUGGCCGCGCCCCCGCCCUCCGCUGGGAGCCCCUGAUUGGGUCCCCCGCAAUCUGCCCUCUGCAGCCCGCUCCCCUCCGGGGAGGCGAGCCCAGCCGAGAGCCGGCUGCCCAGCCCCUGACCAAGAUUUUAAACGGGCAAGUUUUGUUCCGGAGACCCCCAUGACUUUAGCUUCGCUGCCAGGAGGAGAGCCGACCUGCGAUUUGGGAGUUUGAGGAGCUGGUCUUGAACUUGAUGAGUAAACCUUUGCAUGUUCUGAACGAAUGGAUCGCCUAACAAAUUCUACCUCCUAAUGCAAACUGUACGGAGACCAGUUGUUUCAUAUGGAAUUAAUAUAUGGGAUCAAUCGUACCAUUUUAAAAAAUGCUCUGCAUCCCACCGCAUCCUAGCAGGGGCCCAGGCCCCUGGUGGGUGGAAAUGUAGUCUUCUCUUCCGGAUCACUAAAUGUGGUAAGUUCUAGCCCGCUCGGCGGGGAUAAAUCUCAACUCCCCGCCUGGUUUGUUCUUUGUGAGGGGAGACUGACUCCCUCGGUCCGCAGCGGAGGGCUCCGGACCGCCCGGCCUCCGCCCCGCCCCUGCCCGGCCUGGCCGCCUUGCCGCGCCGCGCCUCUCCGCAGGAGCAAUUCCCGGGCUGCAGGACCGGAGACUCGGAGUCUGUUCCGCCGCCUCGGCGAGGUCUCCAGGGCCGAGAGGGGAAGAGAGUCGCGAGGAGGUGAAGGCACGCGCGUUCGCACGGUGGCUCAGGUCCAGAUUCAAGGUUGCACCGGAACAUUUUCUUACUCUGUUAGGGGAUCUACACUGGAAACAUCUCUGAAGCCCUCUCAGCAUCCUGUCUGUGGCCUACUACACAUCUGUUGAAAGCCCAGGAGACUGAUGUGUCAAGCCCGAGGGGAGAGCCUGCUUCUCCAGGCAAAAGGUUGCAUCUUAACUGUGGUUGCACUUAACUUUCACAAAAAGGAGUACACAGAAUAGCUGCGUAAGGCCAAUCCCGAACUUAAUGAAGGAUGUCAGAGUGGGAGCAUUCUGAUGUGCCAGUGUCCUCAUUCUGCAGUGUGUUCCGUUUUCUCCCCUUUCCGAAAAAAAUGGUAUUAAAAUAUUUUGUGAAAUAAGAAGCUCCUUUUACAUUUUUAAUGACCAACAUGCACAUCUGUUCUAAAGAAUACAAAGUCCUAUGGUCUUGAAGAAGGAAGCACCCAUUUAAAACUGACCCUGAAUAAAAACAGACCUGAAUGGACGUCAGAAUGUUUGUUAGUGGCAGGAGAGUAAAAAAAUGGCAAUUUAUUCAGUUAUUUGCCACUUGUUUUGUACUAAGCCUCAUGUUCUUCUGGAUAUCGAUCGAUAACCACAUCGUGAGCCACAUGAAGUCCUACUCUUACAGAUACCUCAUAAAUAGCUACGACUUUGUGAAUGAUAGCUUGUCUCUUAAGCGCAGCGAGGAUGGGGCUCCUCGCUACCAGUACUUGAUAAACCACGAGGAGAAGUGUCAAACACAAGACGUCCUGCUCUUACUGUUUGUAAAGACUGCUCCUGAAAACUACAAUCGCCGUUCUGCCAUUAGGAAAACAUGGGGCAAUGAGAAGUAUGUUCGCUCUGAACUUAACGCCAACAUUAAAACUCUGUUUGUCUUAGGAACACCUUCUGACCCACUGACAAGAGAAAGACUUCAGAGAAGACUGGUUUGGGAAGAUCAGAUGUACAAUGAUAUAAUUCAGCAAGCUUUUGCUGAUUCUUUCUACAAUCUUACUCUUAAAUUUCUUCUGCAGUUCAGUUGGGCAAAUAGCUUUUGUCCACAUGCCAAAUUCCUUAUGACUGCUGACGAUGACAUAUUUAUUCACAUGCCAAAUCUUAUUGAAUACCUUCAGAGUUUAGAACGAAUGGGUGUUCAAGACUUUUGGAUUGGUCGUGUUCAUCGUGGUGCCCCUCCCGUCAGAGACAAAAGCAGCAAAUACUAUGUCUCCUAUGAAAUGUACCAGUGGCCGGCUUACCCUGACUAUACUGCAGGAGCCGCCUACGUGAUCUCUGGUGAUGUAGCCGCCAAAGUCUAUGAGGCAUCACAGACACUUAACUCUAGUCUUUACAUAGACGAUGUGUUCAUGGGCCUCUGUGCCAAUAAAAUAGGGAUAGUACCACAAUACCAUGUGUUUUUCUCCGGGGAAGGUAAAACUCCUUAUCAUCCCUGCAUCUAUGAAAAAAUGAUGACAUCUCAUGGGCAUGUAGAAGACCUUCAGGACCUUUGGAAGGAUGCCACAGACCCAAGAGUAAAAAUGAUUUCAAAAGGUUUCUUUGGUCAAUUAUACUGCAGAAUAAUUAAGAUAGUCCUCCUUUGCAAACUGACCUAUGUGGAUACGUAUCCGUGUAGGGCUGCCUUUGCCUAAUAGUACUUGAAUGUUGUAUGUUUUCACUGUCACUGAGCCAGACGUGGAUGAAAAAACCUUUAAAUGUUUGUCUAUACCAUAAGUGAAAUGAAUAUGAAGAACAAAGAAAUAUUUUGAAAGCUCUGUCUAUCAGAAUGUUUCUUUGAUUCUAGAAGCCCUUCAAUAUAACUUAUCUACUUCAUUGCCUAAAUUCAUAUCAAGGAAUUUAUAUUUAGACAAGGUUUAUGAAAACAAAACUAAAGGGAAUUUCAAGUUCACAGUACCACGUGUAUAUUAGAGGUGUAGAGAAGUUAUUAAGGUGCCUAGGUGUUAGAAUAACUGCUUUUGGAAAAUACCAAGUAAGUGUAUAGUACAACAUUUCAAAGAAAUGGAUAUAUUGUUAGACCGGGUAUACAAGUUUAUUUUGAUUAAAGAGCACUUGAUGGAGUUGGUGGAGGCAGGAGAGGAUUGGCCUAGAAGAAAGUACAUGAAUCUGGUAAAAGAAAGUUUCCUCUUCUUCAGAGGAGAUUUAGGAAAAGGUACACAAUUUCUUUAUAAACUGUCAAAUCACUUACUGUCACAUCCAUGUAGCUAUUUUACCUGGAUAGUGUUGGAGUCAUUUUAAAUAUAUUCAUAUCUUUUUUCAAAGUUUAAUGUGAAAUUUGAGAAGUCAUUAGUUCUGCCCUAACUAGUACUUUAUUAUGGUUCUUUUUGAUUAUUAGAAAAUGACACAAAACAUGGACAGUGUCUUACUCACGGGGUCCUUCUCUAGAGAGAAAUCAUUGUUAAUUCAAAUAAGCUGAUUUUAAUUUAAUGAAUUUUUCAACUGGUUUUUAAAUAUUCAAUAUGGGUCUGUUUUUAAGGCAGCUAUUUGAAUGUAAGUUUACAUAGAGGAAUAUAAUAAUGAAGAAGAAUUCAAAAGGAAAGAUAGAACAUUAAAAGCCUCUUUUCUCCAUAAUUUAUAAAAUAAAAGUUUUAGUGUCUAAAUUGUAUUGAUUACUAAAAUUAGCCUACCCCUCUCCAACAGGGUCUUAUAAACCACAGUACUUUGUUCUGAGUUCAGCUUUUAAAAUUGAGAGUAUUAAACAUCAAAUCGAAGCUGUAGUAUUUAAAAAAAAUCUACUCUUUCAUCACAACAACUGUCAGAGGUUAUCUUCAACUUAUAAAUAUUUCCAACUUCAAAGUAGAAUGAAAGUGAUAGAAAAGUCACUAGAAUGAGAUUUAAAGCAUUUGUAAAGCUGUAGGUUUCUUGUAAUCAAAGAGAUGUGGCUGAGAUCCAAUAGCGCGUUACAUUUAUUUUACAGAGCAGGAUAAAAAUGUGGCUAUGAUGCAAACAACCUCCCCUCGCUACAGAAAGAACUAGGUGAUGUCUGUUGUUAGGGGGAUUAUAUGAAAGCCAAAAUAGUGACUUCAGCAAAAGCCAUCGAACUGAUUAUAAACCCUUUGUCUGCAGAGGCUCCUGUUAGGGAAAACUAAGAUGUAUCACUUAGUAAGAUGUCUGAAACAUGCAAAAAAACUAAAAAAGAAUUCUCAGUAUACACAACUGGAUGAUGAUAUGUAUAAUUUGUUGCAGGUAGCUUCUCAAUGUUUACAGAAUUUUUUUGUUAAUUUUUUUCUAUUUUGAAAAUUGAAGCUUGUUUACAUUGAUUGCUCAGAUAAUUUAAAAUUUUUAACUCAUGUCAAAACAUUCUAGUUUUUAGUUACUUUCAGAGUAGGUUCAGGGUUUUUAGAUCAUUACAGUUUUAAUUUUCUGACCAAUUUAAAAAACUGUAGAGAACAAAAGCGUAUUUUGACAAAGCAGGUUUAUAAUUAAUUUUUAUUAGUUGAUUCUUUAAUAACCAUUUGCCUUUUGGCCAUAUAUAUGCCCUGUGUAUCUAUACUUGUAACUGUUUAAAUUUGCCAUUGGUUGAAAACAUCAGUGUCUCUCUGGCCAUCAAAAUGAUCUUGUUUACAGCAAUACUUUUGUGAAACAGUUAUUUAUUUGUGAAAGAGCUCCCCUCAAUUGUGUUCAUCUUUUUAUUUUUGCUUAAAAUAGAAUGAAACAGUUAAAUAUGAAGGAAAUAUGAAGGCACUUCCUUUUUUUAAUAAGAAGGAAAUUGCUAGACUCUUCCUUCAUCAGAUUUAAAGUACUGAGAAGAUUAAUUGUAAAUAAAGGAUUCCAACCUUUUAAAAAGGAAGGAAAAAACUUUUUGGUGCUCCAGUGCAAGGCUGUCUUUUAAAAAUCAUCAAUAAAGGGAAAAUAAACUUAGCCUAGAUGGUCAAUUGACAGUUAUACACAGUGUUAUUGCUAAAAACUUUUUACCUCUUGGUUGGUUUGCGUCUUUUUUCCAUAUUAUUAAUUUUAUACCAAAAUGUUAAAUAUUUAUAUUAUUUGAAUUUUGCUUAUAUGGCAAAAUAGAGGGUUUUUAAAAAUAAAUCUAUGAUUUCCAAUAAACAACUUGAAAAUUGUCAA